GAGCGAGCGUGCCCGUGCCCGGUCUCAGAGGUGCUUAGUCAGGCUGGCAACCACCACAGCGAUGCUGGUGGCCACAGCAGGGAUGAGUUCGGGGGUAAAGGGAGGAAUUAGUUUCGAAAGGAGCCGCUUGGGCUGGGCCCUUCUGGGAACUGCGACUGCCUUCCUGUAAAUGCCCCAGCGAGGAAGGGACGGCUGAACUUCCCUGGGCAGGGACCCAGCUCGGCACAGCCACGGGGCCCCACGAGCAGGGAAAUGCCGGUUGCUCAAGCCUGGGCAUUGGGUGCUGCCUGUGUGGCAGCCCGACGGGCACGGGCAGGCUCAGGGAGCUGGAUGCAGGUUGUGGGGCUGCCAGACCCCCUCUGCUCCUCAGCACGAACCUGGUGGUGGCCGGGCAGAUCCUGCUCUUGAGUAGCUCCAAGCCAUGCCCGUGGGAUGCUGGCAGGAUGCGGGUGCUGGGGCACACCCCGGCAUAACCACAUCACUCUGGAAGAGGUUCCCGGUGCGACAGCCAGGAGCAGCCCAGCAGGGCGCCUUCCCUGCCUGCAGGAGCAGGAUUGUGCUGACUUGGCAGCGGCAGCAGCAUGAAAGUUGCUCAGGACAGGAAUUGGUUGGCUCCGCCGUCUGCCUCCCCCGGCCAAGGGUCAGCUGGCAUCGCCUCCUCCUGGGGCCCUGGGAUUCACAGCCUGGCCCUGGGGCCACGGAGCCCCUUCCUGCUUGGAAUCUCCAUCCCUCCACCUGAGCUACAGGCCUCUUCCACCAUCUCCUGCUGUUGUCUCAGAUCCUUGAUACCCUUGUCUGGAGGGGUGCUUGCAGAGCGUGGGGCAGGCUGCUGCAGGGUUGUCAGCAUGGAGAAAAGCACUAUGGCUCAGUCCAAGGGCACGGUGGUCCUCGCCUACAGCGGGGGCCUCGACACCUCCUGCAUCCUGGUGUGGCUGAAGGAGCAAGGUUACGAUGUUAUCGCCUACCUGGCCAACAUUGGGCAGAAGGAAGAUUUUGAAGCAGCACGAAAGAAAGCGCUGGCACUGGGGGCCAAGAAGGUGUACAUCGAGGAUAUCAGCAGGGAGUUUGUGGAGGAGUUCAUCUGGCCGGCAGUGCAGGCCAACGCGCUCUACGAGGACCGGUACCUGCUGGGCACGGCGCUGGCCCGGCCCUGCAUCGCCCGCAGGCAGGUGGAGAUCGCCCAGAGAGAGGGAGCCCAGCACGUCGCCCACGGGGCCACGGGCAAGGGCAAUGACCAGGUUCGGUUUGAGCUCACCUGCUAUGCUCUGUGUCCCAAAAUCAAGGUUGUUGCACCGUGGAGGCUGCCCGAGUUCUACCAGCGCUUCCCUGGGCGCCGGGAGCUGAUGGAUUAUGCCAAGAAACACGGGAUCCCGGUGCCUGUGACACCCCAGACACCCUGGAGCAUGGAUGAGAACCUCAUGCACAUCAGCUACGAAGCCGGGAUCCUGGAGAACCCCAAGAAUCAGGCUCCCCCCGGGCUCUACACGAAGACCCGUGAUCCGGCCACCUCUCCUGACAACCCAGAUGUGCUGGAGAUCAAGUUUGAGCGGGGUGUCCCAGUGAAGGUCACCAACAUUGGGGAUGGAGCCACUCGUUCCUCGGCCCUGGAGCUCUUCGUGUACCUGAACGACAUCGCGGGCAAGCACGGGGUCGGGCGCAUCGACAUCGUGGAGAACCGCUUCGUUGGGAUGAAGUCCAGAGGUAUCUAUGAGACCCCAGCGGGAACGAUCCUAUACCACGCGCAUUUAGAUAUCGAGGCCUUCACCAUGGACCGGGAAGUGCGGAAAAUCAAGCAGGGGCUCGCCUUGAAAUUCUCCGAGCUGGUGUACAACGGGUUCUGGCACAGCCCCGAGUGCGAGUUCCUCCGGCACUGCAUCAGGCGCUCGCAGGAGCCCGUGGUGGGCACCGUCCGUCUGUCUGUCUUCAAGGGCCAGGUCUACAUCUUGGGCAGGGAGUCCCCACGGUCGCUGUACAACGAGGAGCUGGUGAGCAUGAACGUGCAAGGGGACUACGAGCCCGCCGACGCCACCGGCUUCAUCAACAUCAACUCACUGAGGCUGAAGGAAUAUCAUCGUCUCCAGAGCAAGGUCACCGUAAAGCAGGAUGAAUAGCAAUCAAUCGCACGCGAGCCUUCCUCUCCCCUUUCUAAUUUCUCUAAGAAGUAGCACUAAUUGUGGUGGCAAUUUGUAAUUGUAACUCGUCUCUCCGGAGCGGAGCCGCGGCGGAGGUGACGGCUUUGUUAUGGGGCGGCAAGUGAAAUGCAGUCGGGAGGGGGGGGGAAAAAGGGUUUGGUCCAUCGGAGGAGAAGUGGGGAAAGAAAUAAACCCCCAGCCAGCCACGCGCGGGUCCGGCACUGAGAGCCGGGCUUUA